AGCGGCUCAAGGUUCGCAGCGCAUCCCACACGGUGUUCUUCCAGUCUCAUCCCGCGGGCGCAGCGUCGCCGAGCGGCCGCGGCUAGCGCCCGCGGCGAUGCCAUGUCCGCGCCCCCCCGCGCGCGGACACUGCCGCAGCGGCCCUGGCGCGUGGGCGUUCGCUGUGGCGCGCCAGCGCGGGCCAGGGAGGCAGAGGCGGCGGCACGGCUGCGCGCGGCCCGCCCUGCUGCUGCUGGUCGCCGCGGCCGCCUGGGACGCUGGCGCGGGGUCCGCACUCGCGCAGGGCCCUGCUGGCGGCGAGGGCCAGUGGCUGGCAGCGCCACCUCGCCCGCGCCGCUGCGCCGCGAGAGCCAGCCGCUCAUCGCCCGAGCAUGAGCCAGAGCCCGCCCCGGAUGCGCGAGAAGUGCGCGCGGCGGGCGUCGGGGCGCAGCGUGCUGCGCGCCCGCCCUUGGGCACACUCUGGGAGCAGUGGGGCCUCCUGGGCCUCGUGGUCGGCGUGGCCGUCGCACUGACGACGGCCACGCCCGAAGCCCUGGAGGGGCUGGACAACGGCAUGGAGGAGCUGGGCUGGCUGGAGGGCGGGCUCGGGCUGGGCGGCACCGUGGCGCUGCUGGAGUUCCAGUUGCAGCAGGGCCUGCAGGACGUGGCCAAGAGCGUCCCGGCGGAAGUGCGACUGGCCUUGGAGCAGCUGGUUGGCGCGGGAGAGCCUGCCCCCGAGGCGGCCUCGGCCGGCGAGGCGGUGGCGGCCGGCCUCAGGGCCAGCGGGGCGGCGGCGGAGAUCGCCGGAGCAGCUUCGACGGGCGCCGAGGCUCUUUCGUCCGCUGCGGCGGUCUUGGAGGCAGGCGCGCUCGGUGCCGUCACGGGCGGCUACGCCGGCCUGCUGGCCGGCGCCAUGGCGGAGCCCGUGCGGCCGAAGGACGACGCCCGCUUCCUCGAGCCCUCCAACAGGUUCACGCCCGGCACCAUCCGGCCCCGCGGUGCGGGCGGCUCGCCGGUGGAGGAUGACGAGCGCCCCAUGUCGGCCGCGAGCCUCGGCUGGGCGAACUUCCUUCGGGAGUGGAAGCAGCUCCUCCGCGCCGCGGGAGGUGACGAGGCCCGCUUGCGCAGGCACGUUCCCAGCUUCGUCGCGAACCUCGUCCUGAGCAACGAGGCCGUCCUUGAGCGGGAGAGGGCUCGACCAGAGGUCCCCACGCCUGUGCCCGUGAGGGUGGCGUACGACGUCCUGUGCUGGUUCAUCGACGUCGUCUUCGAGGACCGGCCCAUCCAGCGCUUCUGGUUCCUCGAGACCGUGGCCCGGAUGCCGUAUUUUGCGUACUCGUCAGUGCUGCAUUUGUACGAGACCCUUGGCUGGUGGCGAUCCCCAGAGCUGCGCGCGGUGCACUCGGCGGAGGAGGACAACGAGCUCCACCACCUACUCAUUAUGGAGUCGCUGGGCGGCGACCAGCGCUGGCUUGACCGGUUCUUCGCCCAGCACGGCGCGAUCGCGUAUUAUUGGAUUUUGAUAUUGUUUUUCGUGGUCGAUCCGCGGUGGUCCUAUAACUUCAGCCGACUAAUCGAGGCGCACGCGGUGGACACCUACGGGGAGUUUGUGGAUGCGAACUCCGAGCUUCUCAAGCGGCUGCCGCCACCGCCAAUCGCCGUCGAGUACUACCUAUCCGGCGAGCUCUACCUAUUCGACAAGUUCCAGACCGCGAAGCGCGCCAGCGGCCAGAUCCGCAGGCCGCCGUGCGCGACGUUGCACGACGUCUUCUCGAACAUCCGCAAGAAUGAGCAGCACGUGCUGACGAUGGAGGCGUGCGAGGCGUGGGUAGCUGGCGGCGAGCCGCCCGUGCCCGUCGGCUUCAACCAGAUCAGCGAGGAGGAGUACAGGGAGGCCGUGGUACGCGACCCCGCGGGCAGGGCGGCCUGGGAGGCUUGGGGCAAGGAGCUCAACGCCGCGGUGCGCGCUCGGGAAAGGAAAAAAUCUGAUGCGUAGGCAGUUGUCCACGGCGUAUGCGUGCGCGCGACCUCUCUUCGCCGCUGGAUGUUUGCGCGCCGCUGAGGUCGACGAUCCUCAGGAUGUUUGUUAGCUCAUGCGUAGGUGAGUGUGUUUGUCGAUGUCGAUUGACGAGCACGCGUUGGCGCUAAUGCACACGCUGUGAGGAUCAUCGUCAAGAUCGCAAGCAGAGCCCCCCGCGCUGGGGGGAGGCAAUUCGUAGCACGCAGCGUGCCGCUCUGGAGCGGUCUGCUCUUUGGCGAGGGGCGAAGUCUCCCCAGCCUUCGCCCUCCAGCCCGGGGCCGUGGGGCCUGGCGGCAGCGAGCGGUUGGGACGCUGCCGUCGCCAGCCGUGUACAGUGCAGGAAGGUAGGCGUGAGAGCACGGCAAAUUCGUGACGCCUCGACGCGGCGGCGACGCCAGCGCGGGCGCUCAAGGUUAGAAUCCUUCGAAGGGGCCAUUCUGGGCCCACGGCGCGAAAUCGAUGUAUACGAAAGAUGGGGUCGACAGCCUCUGGAGGCAGCAAAUGGCGGAGAUCGGUCAGUGUUGAGUGGAUCGCGUGGUGGCUGAUAUCAGGGACCAGGUCGUCAAGACAGGAAUCGACCGUAGCAACGCGGUGCUGCUCUCCACGGCGCCGCGUUGUUUUCGAAUUUCUUUCCAUUUCUUCCAUCCCGCUUUCACCCUGUCACCCUGGGCAUUUCUGGACGCGGUGGCGCUAGCAGCAUUCACCUCCCUCCCCCAUUGGUUGUGGGACUACAGCAGCGCCGCCGCCCGCAUCGCGUCUGGUCCGCAGCGCUGUCUUGCCAACAAGCCGUGUACAGCUGUUUGGAAGGAUUUCUUUAAGGGGUUGGGGGAACCCAGAAAGGGGGGGGGAAGAGGCGAUCUGAG